UCGGGCGUUUCGGUUUUUUCCGGAUUGUGCGCUACAUUUUCUCUUUCAGACUGCCCGUUUGGAUUGCGUUGAGUUUGAACUUAGUUGGCUGACUGGAUUGUGCUGAAAACCAUAAACAUCUAUCUCAACAUUGAGAAGCAAAUGCAAAGGAAAUAAUCGGUUCAUAUUAGCCCCACAUAGAGUGUAUAUUGUAAUACACUCUUGUAAUUCGUUCCUGUUUGUCUGUCAAGCCUACAUGCUUCAACCAAAAGCAUUUGGUUUUGUGUAGUUCACAUCAGUAUUGUAUAAAAAUCCACGGUUGUCGUCCUGCUCAACUUUUCGCUACAGAAGGUCUCAUUAUUGUUUCCGUUGUUCACUAAUAAUUGUUAACACACUCAUGGUCGAUCGUAACCGUUUCGAAAUUUUGGAAGAAAACAUCGAAAGUAUUAUUGAUCAUUGUAGGGAGGCUGGAAUUGUUGUUUGUGACUAUCAACCAAGUGUGUCGUUUCAGAAAAAGAUCAAUGAUCUAGUGUAUAAAUUACAGGAUGUGGAUCGUAUGCAAGUUGAAAUGCAAGAUGUACAUGUUCCUAUUGAAUUAUUUUCCAAAAUCGAUGCUGGUCAAAACCCUCAGUUGUACACUCGUGAGUGCAUGGAACAAGCACUAGCCAAGAAUGAGGCAGUCCGUGGAAAAUUAGACAGCCUUCGUCGUUUCCGAAUGUUACUUAUGUCCGAAUUGUCUCGUCAAUUUCCAAAUGAAAUGGCUAAAUAUCGAGCUGUACGUGGUGAUCCUGAAGCUCCGACACUUGGUCCUGCAAUGUCCAGUAACUCUCAAUCAAAUGGAUCUGGUACUGAGACUGGUCCAGAAUCCGUUUCACUUAGAUAGAUACUUUCAAAAUUCGAUUACAAGGCAUAAUGGAACCAUCUAUCCGAAUAUUUCAAAAACAUCACCUCAGUUGAUAAAAAAUCUUCCUUCAGAGUUACUUUUCAUCUUCAAAUAGCAUUCUACCUCUUUUUUCCCAGACAAUUUAUUGAAUGAUUCGUAUCUGGAUUUCCGAAUAUGUUAAUAAUUCAAUUUACUGUCAUAAAUGUAACUGAAGAGAACACAAUAAAUUGAUAAUAUUGUCUGC